UGGGAGGACACGCGCGGAGGCAUCACCGCGUCUCUGCUUCCUUUGCACAGAGGCUGGAGCUGCGAGGAGGCCCUGGGAGCAUGCGGAGCCCGGAAUGCGUGGGGAAAAGCUGCCUCGGCUGGCGGUCCGUGCUGCUGCGCGUCCGUAAGAGGCGACAGCCCUUCCGCUCCGCGGGCCGGGCCUAGGGCCUCUCCGCGCCGUGGAGGGAGAUCCGAGGCCGCCCGCGUCUGCUCUCGGCUCCGGAGUCAUGGAGGACAAACGCAACAUCCCCAUCAUCGAGUGGGAGCACCUGGACAAGAGGAAGUUCUACGUGUUCGGCAUCUGCAUGACCAUGAUGAUCCGCGUGAGCGUUUACCCCUUCACGCUCAUCCGGACRCGGCUGCAGGUUCAGAAGGGCAAGAGCCUCUACAACGGCACCUUCGAUGCCUUCGUGAAAAUCCUGCGGACAGAAGGGGCCGCCGGGCUCUACCGCGGCUUCCUGGUCAACACCUUCACGCUCAUCUCCGGCCAGUGCUACGUGACGACGUACGAGCUCACRCGCAAGUACGUGUCGCGCUACAACAACAACAACGCCGUCAAGUCCCUGGUGGCGGGCGGCUCGGCCUCCCUCGUGGCGCAGAGCAUCACGGUGCCCAUCGACGUGGUCUCCCAGCACCUCAUGAUGCAGAGGAAGGGGGAGAGCAUGGGCAGGUUCAAGGUGCAGAGCCACGACGGCAAGCGCCUCCUGGUCUUCGGCCAAACCAAGGACAUCAUAGUGCAGAUCUUCAAGGCCGAUGGCUUCAGAGGCUUCUACAGGGGCUACGUGGCCUCGCUGCUCACCUAUAUCCCCAACAGCGCCGUUUGGUGGCCCUUCUACCACUUCUACGCCGAACAGCUUUCCAGCUUGACUCCUAAGGACUGUCCCCAUCUCCUCCUGCAAGCCAUCUCGGGGCCGCUCGCGGCCGCCACCGCCUCCACGCUCACCAACCCCAUGGACGUGGUCAGGGCUCGCGUGCAGGUGGAAGGCAAGAGCUCCAUCAUCCUCACCUUCAAGCAGCUCCUGGCAGAGGAGGGGCCCUGGGGGCUGACGAAGGGCCUCUCCGCCCGCAUCAUCUCGGCCACCCCCUCCACCAUCGUCAUCGUGGUGGGCUACGAAACCCUGAAGAAGCUCAGCCUGCGCCCGGAGCUCGUGGACUCCCGGCACUGGUAGAGGCAGCCGGCGCCGGAGAAACCUCCUUUGGAGCCUCGUGCGUUGGGACCGUCGCGGUCGGGAGCUCCGGAGAGGGGCCGGAGGCUCCUGCGCGUCCCGCUCGCGCGGAGCAGGUUGCACAGGACGAGGCACCAGCGGGAGCACCAGCCUUCCCCUCCGUCCGUCUGAUCGCAGCACCCCGCUCCGCUGCCGUUUCUGGUUAAAAUCAUCCAAAAUGGGACCUUUGGCAACACUCUUUGCCUGAGACGGUUCCCUCAAGAGCAGCCAGGUGAAUGAAUCCUGGCAGGUUCUUAAUUUUUUUUUUUUUUUAAUUAAAGACUUACCAGUUGGCGCAAACAGACAGUUAAUCCUUUAAAUUAUUUUAACCUUGUUGUGAUGUUUGCCAAACUUGUGAGCAGGGCCAGAGGCUGCAGCAGAGCCCUGGGGUGGGUCCUGUGCCCACUGCAACUGCUGUGCGAAGGCGGCAGAAACACUGUACGCGAGUAAACGUCCCCGUCGUCCGCUCGUGCUUCUAGACGAUGUGAGAAGACAGUAACCCGGAGCCACCUGACACCUUAUUUCCUGCCUUGGAGUAGCUCUGUACAUACCUUUUUUUUUUGUAUAUUCUUGACAAAUGUUUCCUGUGUGUCAUCCGUCAGACAGCAAAGCGGCUGUUAGUCGCGUUUCCAAUCGUGGUUGUGUGUAAUGAGUUGCUGGCCCUUUCGCCGCCCGAGCUGUGUUUUUAA